GGUGGAGCAUUGGCCAUGGUAAAACCGCUAAAACGAAGAAAAGGGAAAAGAAGUCUAAUUGGGGCCCUAAAACUAGUCACAGCAGCCGUCGCCGUGGACCCUCGGAUCCGCAGGGCGCAGCCUUUCUCCCGUUUCACGCCGGAAGCAGAGCACCACCCAACACCGCAUCAUGUCGGGCGCGGCGGCGGCGGUGGCGCGAGUGCUGCCGAAGGCAGUGACCUUCGUGACGGGCAACGCCAAGAAGCUGGAGGAAGUCCGCGCGAUUCUCGGCUCCUCCAUCCCCUUCCAGUCCCUCAAACUCGACCUGCCCGAGUUGCAAGGUGAGCCAGAGGACAUAUCUAAAGAGAAGGCCCGAAUGGCUGCAUCUCAGGUGAAUGGUCCUGUACUUGUUGAGGACACCUGUCUAUGUUUCAAUGCGCUCAAAGGUUUGCCAGGGCCCUAUAUAAAAUGGUUUCUAGAGAAGAUUGGGCAUGAAGGUUUGAACAAUCUGCUAAAAGCUUAUGAAGACAAAUCAGCUUUUGCUAUGUGCAUCUUUUCCCUUGCUCUUGGACCAGAAGAGGAACCGAUCACAUUUGUUGGAAAAACAGCAGGGAAAAUUGUACCUGCCAGAGGCCCUGCUGAUUUUGGAUGGGACCCUGUAUUCCAACCAGAUGGAUUUGAACAAACGUAUGCUGAGAUGCCCAAGUCUGAAAAGAAUCAAAUAUCUCAUAGGGGGAGAGCUCUUGCACUGGUGAAAGAACAUUUUGCUUCUGCCAAUUAUGAAGUUCAGGGUGACGGAUUGGCUUAAACUUCGUUUUCAAGCACCAAAUGAACAAAAUCUAAUGGAAUAUGUGCAAAAGAUUCAUGUCUCUGUUAUAGUUACAGAAUCAAAUAUCUCAUAGGGGGAGAGCUCUUGCACUGGUGAAAGAACAUUUUGCUUCUGCCAAUUAUGAAGUUCAGGGUGACGGAUUGGCUUAAACUUCGUUUUCAAGCACCAAAUGAACAAAAUCUAAUGGAAUAUGUGCAAAAGAUUCAUGUCUCUGUUAUAGUUACAGAAUCUUCCAAGCUGUACUCAUUUCUCCUGCAACUUUUGGUGACUGUUAUGAGAUUGUGGAUGUAUUCUAGAUGAAUUUUGGUGACUGUCA